GCUGUUCCAAAUGUGGUUUUUAUCGGAUAUCAGGUGCAGAAUGUCCUACGUGUUCAUCAGUGACUCCCUGCAGACCACGGUGCCUCUGCUGCAGGCCUGUAUCGACGGGGAUCUCGCUCACACCAAACGGCUCCUGGAGUCCGGAUUCGACCCCAACACUCGGGACUGCCGCGGACGCACAGGACUGCAUCUGGCUGCCGCUCGGGGAAACGUGGAGAUCUGCUCUCUGCUGCAUAAGUUCGGUGCUGAUCUGUUGGCCACUGACUCGCAGGGCAACACGGCACUGCACAUGUGUGGGCAUGUAGACACCAUCCAGUUCCUGGUGUCCAACGGCCUCAAGAUUGACAUCUGUAAUCACAAUGGAGCCACUCCGCUGGUGCUGGCCAAGAGACGCGGUGUGAAUAAGGACGCGCUCCAUCUGCUGGAGGGGCUGGAGGAACAGGAAGUGAAGGGCUUCAACCGCAGCUCCCAUUCCAGUCUGGAGAAGAUGCACAUGGCUGAGAAUGAAAGUGCCAUGGAGAGCCACUCACUUCUCAACCCACACCUGCAUCACAGCGAUGGCAUGUUGUCCAGCUUCCGCACUACAUGGCAGGAGUUUGUGGAAGAUCUUGGCUUCUGGCGAGUGCUCUUGCUGCUCCUCGUCAUUGCUCUGCUCUCACUCUGCAUAGCGUAUUAUGUCAGCGGAGUCUUACCUUUCGCAUCUAAUCAGCUGGAGCUAGUGCACUAAUAUAAUAAUAUGAAAGCUCAAUAAAAAAUCCAUUAGCUGAUGAUUGUUCUUACAGUUAAUGAUUGUGUGUAACCAUGCUUUAAAUUGUAACCAUACAUUCUGUGACUCAAUUUAAAAAAAUUUUUUGUGUAUAUUAAUUUAAAUAGACUUUUCAUAUGCUAAAAAUGUUUUUCAUCUUGCUUGUGUGUUUGAAAGGAUCUUUUUAUUGCCUAUCCUGCACUCACUCAUGUUACCGUUACUCAUGUACCGCAUUUAUUAUGUUAUGUAAAUUAUUGGAUUUACACAUUAAAGUCUUGUGAUUGCAAAAAGGUGUUUAAUAUGAGGUUUGACCCUUGCUCUUUAACAAUGGUCUAUGUGAAGUGGUUCAGGCUGAUUCCUACACUU